ACCACCGCCGCGCACUCUACAGACCAUGACGGGGUCCGAUAUGGCGCACUCAUCUGUUCCGCGUCUGGACGAUGCCGAACCGUCCCGGCCCGCCGAAAUGCGCCCGAACAACGAACCCGACGAUGACGCGAUUAUUUUAGCGCCCGAGCAAGCGACGCAAGUCGACCGCUUCCGCGAAGAACUCCGCAUCUGCGAGACCGAUGCGCAGCGAUACGAACUGUGCGUGCAGAAACGAGACGAGCUGCUCGAUCGGCAUGCCGGAGUGCAGAUCUUGGUCGCCGCCUGCGAGCAUGUCAUGUCGGCCGAGUGCCCCGAGUACAGACGGCGGAAGCAGACCAAGAACCGAGACUCGACCCAGCCAUCGCCGGUAAAUCAGGAGGACGAUGCAGCGCAGUGGGAUCGGUUUUUUGGGGUAGCCACAGACGGAUCCAAACGCCUCACUCCCCUGAAAGAGGUGGUGCGCUGCUGGGGUCGAGAUGUUGUCCAGCACUACCAGUGGUCCUCCAGGACAGAGAAAUACUGGAACCAGCUUCGCACCACGGCACGGAGAGUCCCUGCGUGGGAGGAAGCCGUGAUCGGUCUGAACCGGUCAAUGCUCCAACGGUCUAAGACUGUAGGGCGACGCCCGGUCCAGGCUUUAGUCAACCCAAUUGAGCAGGCCGAUCUAGAGAACGUCAGGAUUUGGUCGCGCGAACAUCCGUUUCCCUGUCAAAAAUCGGCUGCGAAAGACUUACCAGAUGCCUUCGGGUUCGACAAGUAUGGUCUCAUGGUCCAUAAGCAGUUUGCUGUCGACUUACCUGAGACCAACGGCGGCGGUACUACGGAGGCGGCGGCGGUACCGGAAGCCAACAGCGCCGACAUCGCAGAGCCGUCAGGGAAGAACGGUACUGCGGGCCUAGACAUGCUGGCAUUCGCGGCAUCGCAACCCGGUGAUACGGAUUCAAAUAGGAACGACAUUGCCUCUGAAGCCAUUGAUGCCUUCCUUGCUGGGGCUGCUGAUGCCACAACACCCACCAGCCAUGACCAAUCCAGUACUACUUCAGCAGAGGACACGGCCGCAACGACUCCAGAGGCUCCUCACUUCCUGGAUAGCUCUAACGAUACAAAUACCACUCCUAACAAGCCUUCUGGAAUGUCACUCCGUGCACGCAAGGAGUUGUCCUACCACGAGCCCACCAAGAGCGGGGGAGCCUCUAAAUCGAAACAAGCUCGACUUACUGCCUCAGUCAAGGCCCCAAAGAUCCCUCCACGAUGCUGUCCGGCCGAGGUUCCAUCAACACUCCUGUUGGCCCUGGACAACCCGUCUAUGUUCGGGCCAGAGGCAGCAGAGCAACUCUCCCCUUUUCUCUCGCAACUCUGCCGCUCACAUCUCCAGCUUCUCGCGACGCGGGCGUCGGCCAUUGCAUUCGCCCAAAAAGCGGCCCUGCCGGGGAACCAAUAUGUCUCGAGCGCGGUAACAUCCUUUGGUGCCGAUCGCCCGGUCCGUCGACGUGCCGCUUCAGUGCCAGACAUCACUCAGCCUGUAUCAAAACGGGCCCGGGUUGACGCGCCUCCACCGUUCCUUCCUACACCUAUGGCGAGACCAGAUGUUGCCCGAGACCGACCGAUGCACGAUCGGAUGGCAGAUGAUACCUACCGGAGACGAGUCGUUGCUGAGCUGCGGGAGAAAUCUAGCCAGCAUAUGUCAUCGCAAGACUCCCACGGCAAGGGAACCGACGAACUUAUCUACAAGUUGCUAGAGAAGGCCGAGCAGCCGAACACAGACAGUAGCAAGGGCGUAGUUGAGGCGCUGUUUUGCACCGGCGAUGAAGCGGCAAGCCUGGCUGAGUCCGGAUCUCCUCACGACGCUCCGAUAAUCACGGAAGGCCAACAGCAAUUCCGAUGGAGCAAGGGCGACAGACCCAUUGCUCAGCUUUUCCGGCGAAUGGGCUUCCUCGACAAGUCGGUCUCGGUGCAAAUACCAUCUCGCAGUUCUACUAAGCCGUCAUAUGAAGUCCGGAAACUCGGUGAAGUCCGGAAACGGUUCCUUACCCAGGACAGCACCGACGACCCGUGGAACAUUAUCGAUUUGCAGAGCCCCCUGCCUCAUUCCAUGCCAAACUUCUUGACGGGCGAGAACUGUCAGCUUCUCCUUCAAGUCCGCAAUGCGGUGCUGAUGGAGGAUAGCGCUGAAAGGGUAGUAGCAUCAACGCAGGAGUGGAACGAGUGGAAGAACGUUCUCGACUGGGUCCUAUUGUCGGAAGGGGGCCACAACACGGCGCCGCAUAUGGACAGUCACGGCUUUGCUACGUGGAUCACUGCCCAGGAAGGGUCGAUCGGGUUCGGCUGGAUGUCUUGUCCGACGGAGGAGGAGCGAAAUUCGUGGACGGCCGAUCCCCACCAACAUACAGGUGGCCGCUGGAGAUAUAUUAUCCUGAAGCCUGGCCAGUCUGUUUUCUUCAUGCCGGGGACGAUUCAUUUUGUGUUCCGGGUGCGCCAGCAUCAGACGUUGGCGCUUGGUGGCCACGUCCUUCAGUGGACAGACAUCAGGCGCUGGAUGCAAGUCAUGCUUGCUCAGAUAACGAACUCGGCCAUUACCAACGAAGACAUGAGGCGGAGCGCGCCGAAAUACGUCCUCGCUGUGGCGAAGCUCGUCAAAGCUAGGGCAGAGGAAGGUGAGGUGGAACAGCUCGGGGGCGGAGCUGCGGUCACGCAGUUCUUCGCAUCCGUGAAGGAAUUCGAAGAGAGACCAAGGCGCCGCCUACCUGGUUGGUAGAAGUAACUGCGAAUAGCUAGACUUGGAAGCCUCUGUGGACUGCAUCUCACUCGACCUUACCGUACACCGUAGAGUGGGUCGUGACGAAACGCGACAAACAAUAAAGACAAAACGCGAUAAACAGCGGCAAACAGCGACGAGAGUAGCGGAAAAGAGCAGCAAAAUAAGUACAAAGUGCACAGUACCUAAGUGCUACACUUGC